GCUGGCUUCUUUCUGAUUUCAAAGCCUUUCUAUCAAGCAUUCUAACAAGAUAGCACUGGCAUUUGCUCUGGUGUGACCGUCUGCAUAUCGUUUUUAUUUUGACACCCCUCUUUUUGCUAUCAUUCACACACAUUCUGGGUCAAUCCUAAUCUCGUACCCGCAAUGGUUCUCUUGAAACCUCUCGUCCUCGGAGCUCUUGCAGCUACCGCAGCUGCCAAGUCUGCCGUCAUUGACCUUCUCCCAUCCAACUUCGACAAGGUUGUCUUCGAGUCUGGCAAACCCACCCUUGUCGAGUUCUUUGCCCCAUGGUGCGGCCAUUGCAAGACCCUCGCUCCUGUGUAUGAGGAGCUGGCCCUCUCCUUCGAGAGCCACAAGGACAAGGUCCAGAUCGCCAAGGUCGACGCCGACGCCGAGCGAGAGCUAGGCAAACGCUUCAAAGUCCAGGGCUUCCCGACUCUCAAGUGGUUCGACGGCUCGAGCAAGGAACCUGAGGAGUACAAUGGCGGCCGCGAUAUCGAAAGCCUGACCAACUUUAUCAUCGAGAAGGCCGGCAUCAAGCCCAAGAAGGCCCAAAAGCCCCCUAGCGAGGUUGUCAUGCUGAGGGAGGGGACUUUUGAGCAGGAGACUGGCAGUGAUAAGCACGUUCUUGUGGCCUUUACCGCCCCUUGGUGCGGACAUUGCAAGAGCCUUGCUCCUAUCUGGGAGGCCAUCGCCGACGACUUCGCCCAGGAUGAGGACGUUCUAAUCGCCAAGGUCGACGCCGAGGCGGAGCACAGCAAAGCCCUCGCGAAAUCCCAGCGCAUCACCUCCUAUCCGACCAUCAAGUAUUUCCCCAGGGGUUCGACUGAGGCGGAGAUCUACAGCGGCGGUCGCACCGAACAGGCCUUCCUGGACUUUAUCAACGAGAAGGCAGGCACCCACCGUGCCGUCGGCGGUGGUCUUGACGCCAUCGCUGGCACCAUCUCCGCCCUCGAUGCCGUUGUCGCGAAAUUCACCGGCGGCACUACACUUUCUGAGGCGGCCGAGGAGGCUCAAAAGGAGGCGGCUGCCUUGGCCGACGGCGCUCAGCAGAAGUAUGCGGAGUACUAUGUGAAGGUGUUCAACAAGCUCAACAGCAGCGAGGGUUGGGCGGCCAAGGAGCUUGCCCGUCUCGAGGGUAUCCUCGCUAAGGGUGGUCUCGCCCCCUUCAAGCGGGAUGAGCUGACCAGCAAGACCAACAUCCUCCGGAAGUUUGUUAAGGACACGGCUGAGCGUGUCCGUGAGGAACUGUAAAUAUUGGGCGUGGCAUAGCAUGGUGCGCUCUGGAACAUUGCUUUGUACAUAAUAAGAGAAGAUCAAGCCGUCUUCCACGGACGAGCUUUGUUUGAUUCCGCACCCAUUUGGUUCUAGGUAGACCUGGUGGGUUGUUUUCCAUAGCCUAAUGAGCCUUCGGAGCAC